GAUGGACUUUCGUAACAAAAAGCACGAGCGGGGCAGUAACUGGACGGACCCUGAGAUCGUGGAGCUGCUGCAGCUCUGGUCAGAUGACUCGGUGCAGCUGGAGCUCGAGAGCUCUCUGCGCAACCAGCGCGUGUUUGACCGCAUCGCGCGCGCGCUGCAGGACAGGGGCGUGUUCAGGACCGGGGACCAGUGCAGAGAGAAGAUCAAGAAGAUGAGACUGGAGUACAGGCGCAUCAAGGACAACCACAAGACGCGCUCCUGGAAGUUCUUUGACGUGAUAGACAGAGUGCUGAGCAGCCGUCCCUCCAUCACUUACUCCUCUAUGGGCGGGACAGUGGUGGCUCAGCACGUGUAUCCAAACCAGGGGGGCGCAGAGGGCUUCCACACCACUGUCCCCGCCAGCUCCUUCGGCCCACCCUCCACUGGGGGCUUCCUGUUUGGCCACCCUCUCAAACAGGACCCUCUGGACAUAAAGUGUGAAAAUGUGGAUGAGAGCGUGGUGAACUCCAGUGUGGCUCCUCCAGAGAUGUACUACGGGUCAGGAGACGACCAGGAGACAGAUGUGCAGAGCGUGACGGGGCAGGAGGCGACAGGUCAAGAGGACAGACCUGUGACUCCAACCAUUUCACCUUCAGGUUUAAGUGACGCAAACUCAUCGUGCUCGGUCGCAGACACACAGGCCGGCUCUGUAUCUCAAGAGCGACACUUCACCGAGGCGCCCUAUUACACCUUAUCCAGCGUAAGACCCAAGAAGCGAAAGGGGAGCGCUAAAACCCGACACGGCAACAAAACCAGUUCCGCUGCGAACCACAAAGGCCUGGACCGUGCCUUGGUGAGCUUCCUGAAGUGGCAGCAGGUCACGGAGGAGCGGCUGUUGUCUUUGGAAGAGGCUCGGCUGGAGAGGGAGCUGCAGGCGGAGGAGAGGAGGGAGCAGAGGGAGGAGCAGAGGGCAGAGAAGGAGAGGCAGCACGAGCUCCGCCUCUUCAGCAUGCUCACGGGGACGCUGGGGGCAACCGGGCGGAGAGCGGCGGCCGGAGACGAGCCGACAGAUGAUCCGGGGACGGCGCCGGGCGGGUUUAUGCCUCAGCGGCUUCCUCACAGUCAGAGUAAAAAGACACAUGCGUCCGUCAAGGCGUGCGAAGGCGCAAAGAACGCGACGAGCACACAACGGAGAGGUUAUCUGUCUAAUAGAGGGAACAGUAUCCGACAGCACCAGGGGAUUCUGCAGGAGGGAUUUCUACAGUACGGGGUGGAUAGAUAUCACGAGACUGAUAACCCAAGUGGCAUCGUAAACCUCGGCACAAGUGAGAACAAGCUGUGUUACGAUCUCCUGCUCAAGCGCCUGACCAAGCCUGACAUGCCACUUAUUAACUCGUCUUUACUGCAGUAUGGAGACUGGACGGGACACAAGUUCCUGCGGGAGGAGGUGGCACGAUUCUUGACCGACUAUUGCUGUUCUCCACGUCCGCUAAAGGCUGAGAAUGUGGUGGUGAUGAACGGUUGUGGCUCCCUCUUUUCAUGCGUUGCCACUGUGAUCUGUGAUCCUAAAGACGCCGUUCUCAUCCCCACGCCUUUCUACGGUGUGAUCACGGAGGACCUGGACUUGUACGCCGACGUUAAACUGUUUCACGUGCCUUUGGACUGUGAGGAAAAUGAAAGUGGCUGUCGACCGUUCCAUCUCACUGUUGACAAAUUGGAGGAAGGAUUGAAGAGAGCGAAACAAGAGGGAAUUACAAUCCGAGCUGUCAUCUUGAUGAAUCCACACAAUCCUCUGGCUGAGAUCUACACUCACACUGAGAUAAAAGCCUUCUUAGAGUUUGCCAAAAGAAAUGAGCUCCAUGUCAUUGUGGAUGAGGUGUAUAUGCUGACAAUCUUCGACGAAUCCGCGGUAUUUUCAAGUGUCCUUAACAUGGAAAGUUUGCCCGACCCUCAGAGGACUCACGUGAUGUGGGGGAUGAGUAAGGACUUUGCGAUGGCGGGGAUCCGCAUAGGCACUCUGUACACGGAGAACACGGAGCUGGUCGAAGCUUUGGCUCAGCUCGGCUCUUUCCAUGGGAUCCCUGGACCUACUCAGCACCAGGUCGCACAGCUGUUGCAGGAUCGAGACUGGAUCAACAAUGAAUUUCUACCUGAAAACAGAAGCAGGCUGAAGAGCUCUCACAGUUUGUUGACAAAGGAGCUUAAGAGUUUAGGGAUCCCGUUCUUGGACCGACCUGCAGCUUUGUUUGUGUGGGCUGACCUCAGGAAGUACCUGAGGGAGUUCACGUUCGAGGAUGAACUUUCUCUCUGGAGAUGCUUCCUCAGACACAAAGUGGUGCUGAGCUGUGGCCAGGCCUUCUCCUGCUCCACUCCGGGAUGGUUCCGCAUCGUAUUUGCAGACCAACAGCGCCACCUAGAGCUCGGCUUGAGGCGAUUUAAAGAAGCUCUGAAAGAAAUCGAAGAGACACAAUCCUGCCCCGGCUCCAGCUCCAUCAAAAGGCCCAUUGAGGAACUCGGAAAAUCAGCCAAAGCAGAAAACAGCGAGUCCGACAAUUCAGCGUUUGUCAAUUCUCUCCCAUCUCCCCGAAGCAAGUCACCAGACACUUUGAGAGAGAACGGCGCCCCUCUGGCCGACGACAGACUGGACGUUCUGAUCGGGACGCUGCGGCACCAAAUGAGGGCGUCUGAUUGGCUGCAGAAAAACACCCCAGAACUUACAGCCGGAGACGACCCGCAGAUUCUCGAUGGAUUUCAGGCGCUGCUGCAAAAAGCCAGGAAGUAAGCUACAGCGCGGAGGUUUUGUUUUUUUUUGUUGUUUUUUUUGUCUGAAGGCCUCUCGAGUUUGUAGUUGUUUACUUUGGAAAGACUCUUGACACGAGGUCGGUUCUGAUCGCGUGGCGGAGUGAAGAGGAGGAAUAAUAACCAAAGGCAGACAGAGAACGAGAGAUAUAAAGUGACACGAGUAGAUAAUGAGACGCACGCGCUGCUUUAAUGUGGGAUUUUUAGAAGCGAACUGGCAGAUGACCUUGCUAUUAUACUUUUUAAAGAGAAGGAUUUCCGUUUUCUUCACAAGUAAAGCGGCGCUAUAUAAGUAAAAUCUACGUUUAUUUCUUUUGGCAAGUUUUUCAUGUUUUUGCACUUUGAAUUAAACAGCAAUUAGACAAUCUCAAAGCCCAACACAUAUAUUUUAUCACAAAAACUGACUAAAUAUGUGAAUUUGGCCUUUUUUUUGGUAAAUUUCAUCAUAGUUGGGGAACUUCAAGUGAAAAAACAACAAAUGGCCUUGAUGUUUUUGUGUAUUUUUUGGAUUACAGGACAUUACUCUUGUUACAUUUGCUUCACGUGUCCUUAUCGCUUUUAUUAAUAACGAUAAUAAAUGCGUUUUAUAUUGCGCUGCCUGAUCUUCAAGUGCUAACACAUUGCCAAAUGGAAAAAACUUGACCAAAAUUGUAUUAAAACUAUUUUGUAUGCCUUGUGCCAUCAUGCACUUUAUGUUUUUUUUUUGCAUUUUGUUCUGUCCAUGAAAUCUUAAAAUACA